AUGAUUCUUUUCCGUCGGCUAAAAGAAGAAAGUAGAAGAGCUUCGUCGGGUAUUGGCCGUGAACUAGUGAAACAAUUGACUCGUCUUUCACCAUCUACACGUCUCAUUCUAUCAGCAAGACGAGAAGCAGAAUUGCAAACACUUGCCGAUGAACUUCAUCUUGAUGUCGAUCAUUGUCUUGUUUUACCACUUGAUCUUGAAUUACAAUACGAUUGUUUUAAAUCCAAAGUCGAUCUUGUUAUUGAACGGUUCGGUCAAAUUGAUGUCUUAAUCAAUAAUGCUGGUAUAUCACAACGAAGUUUUAUUCGAGAUACUCUAUACAGAGUUGAUGCACGAUUAAUGAAUAUUAAUUUUUUGGGUACAAUUACAUUGAGUAAAACAGUUCUACAGCAUUUCAUCGAACGUCAAAAAGGGCAUUUUGUUGUUGUAACAUCAGCAGCGGGUUAUGUUGGUACAUCAUUACGUUCAUCAUAUGCAGCUUCUAAACAUGCUUUACAUGGUUUUUUUGAUGCUCUUCGAUUAGAACAUGUUCGUGAUCAUAUCGAUGUUACCAUUGUUUGUCCUGGUUUUAUUCGAACAGCAAUAUCACAAAAUGCUUUGGAUGGUUCUGGAUUACCAUAUGGAAAAAUGGAUCCAAAAACUGAUAAAGGAACUGAUCCAACGAAAUGUGCAUAUGAUAUACUUUGUGGUGUUGCUAAUAGAGAACAUGAAAUUUAUGUUGGAUAUUUGGCAUCAGUUAUUAUUUACCUUCGUCGAUUUAUCCCUCGAUUACUUUAUCAUAUACUUUCACAUAUGAAAUCAACUUGA